AUGAAGUUGAACUCUAACAAAAAUGGGACGAUUCGUAAAAAGACUCCGAAGAGGGAGAUUAUUGAUAAACUAUAUGUUUGUAAAAAAGAAUCAAAAGAAUUUUCGAGUGAAUUGGAGCCUUUUCGCGUGCGAACUCGUUCAAUGGUUCGUGGUCAACAAAAAGACUCAGAACGAACAAAUAAUGCUAUCGAAAAACAUUCUAAGUCUAUCCAAAAUGUGCCGAUUCUUCAAAAAACUCCGAAAAAUUUCGAGUCCAUUAAAAAACCUUUACAAAGGAGGAAAUCGAAGUUAAUUGAUCGACAAUUUUAUUCAAAGGACCGUUAUUUAGAUGAUUUGGAGCCUUUUAAAAUCCAAACUCGUUCAAUGAUUCGUGGUCAACAGAAGAACAAGGAACGAACAAAUAAUGCUAUCGAAAAGAAGAAGUCGAAGUUAAUUGAUCCACAAUUUUAUCCAGAGGACGAUUAUUUAGAUGCUUUGGAGCCUUUUAAAAUGCAAACACGUUCAAUGGCUCGUGGUCAGCAGAAGAACAAGGAACAAACAAGCAAUGCUGAAUCACAUCCUUUGGCGGCUAAUGGUGAAAAUUUCGACGACAAUGAGUCCGCGUUCCGAGGGGCUUGGCAGCCUCCAAUGCCGACUAUCAAUGUUGAAAAUGUUAUGCUUCGUUCUCAAGUGUUGAAUCAAGUUUGCAACGAAUUUGGAUUAAAAUAUCAUUCGUUAAUAGAUAAUAUGUGUUUUAUGGAAACAUAUUAUAUUUCUUCCAAAGCAACAUCAACUAAGCUUACAUUAAUUAUUGAUCAAACAUUUAAUGGAGAAAUUGUUAAAUUUCAAUAUACUUGUAGCGAAAGUGGAAAUAUUUUAAACUUUCAUUGGCCAUUUUGCAAUUUAAGUUUUGUUUGGGCAUUUAGAGGAAUUUGUGUAGAAGCAUUUUUUCCAACAAUAAGAGAACAAUUUGGCCAUCCACAAAUUGAAGAACCAAAUGAUGAAGAAUUUGCAUGCCAAAGUGCUGAAAAGAACUUUUCAAUUUUUGAUGUUCACAAUGAAUUGAGAUUGGAUGAAUUAGCCAAUGACUUGAUGCUCAUUUAUUUGCAAAAAUUUACACCAAGAAAAUACAGAAAUCAUUUAAUUUUCAAGGAGGAAAAUCCGAAGACUAAUUUCCAACUACAUUUUACAGAAACUAGAGAUUCUAUUUGUGUAACAACAAAAAUAUUGCGGGUAAAAAAUUUUAAGAAAGUCGAUGAAGAGAAAUGGCCAAAAUUUACGAGGGCCUAUUUUCGUUAUUCAGUCCUUGGAAAGGCGAUGAAGACAUUUUAUCAAAACCCUAUUGACAAACAAAUCCAAAAUUUUCCUUUAGAAAUUUUUAUAUAA